AUGCAUUUCUCUAAAAAAUGCUCGGUGUUUAAAGUGGUGCUAAGUGCCCUGCUGAUUGUAGCUCUGUUGCAGCUAAUCUACCUGUCAUUUCUGUCCAAACUGCACGGUAAACAGCAGCACUAUAGCUACUCCCAGCUGUUCGGCUCCAAGCGCACUGCGCAUGCGCAAGAGAAGAACUCUAAAAAGGAGCGUCUAAGGUACUCUUUAUCCAGCGGCGGGAUUUUUGACAGCAGUGGUCAGUACCGUAUUUACAAAAACCUUAUCAAGAGUGACUAUUCCGCAAAUCAGAAGUUGGGUGCAGAUCAGAGAUCUCAUCACUUGGCUUUGGUUACACAUACAACUAUCAACAACCUGCACCACCUGGAUUCUCUGCUUGAACGCUGGCAACAUUCCCUCUCAGUUGCCAUCUUCGCUCAUGGCCAGGAUGUCAAGUUUGCCACUGCCCUUGUCUACGCCCUCAGCAUGUUCUGUCCACGUGUCCAAGCCUUGGUGGACUUCCACCUGGUGUGCCACUCGGAGGACAUGGCCAGCUUCCCAGACCAAGACAGAGAGCACUUUGCUGGACUUGAAGAAGACGGCUGUCCCGGUGUCUUUGCAAAGCUCGAAUCAUACCGAGACAAGUACAAGAACUAUGCAAUGGGAAGCAACAUCUCCUACCCCAACAACCUCCUCCGUAACGUGGCACGGACUGCCACAGAUGCUGCCUACAUACUUGUCCUUGAUAUCGACAUGCUGCCCAGUGCAGACCUCCAUCACCAGUUCGUCACGAUGCUUAUGAAGCGUGAACCAGCCCUGGAUGAGGUUCUCGUCCUACCUGCUUUUGAAAUAAGGCACACACGCAAAAUACCCGCUUCUAAAUCAGAACUGGCACAACUUUACCUGGUGGGUGAGGUCAGGCCCUUCUACGAGGAACUGUGCCCACGAUGCCAAGCUCCUACCAACUUCUCAAAGUGGAUAAAUAUGGCCGUUAAGACAUCAGGGCUGCUGGAGGUGGCGUAUACACUGAACUGGGUCGACCCAUGGGAGCCCUUUUACAUUGGGCCCAAAUCAGUGCCACUGUUUGAUGAGAGCUUCAAGCAGUAUGGCUUCAACCGCAUCAGUCAAGCAUGUGAGCUUCACAUAGCAGGGUUCAGGUUUUCUGUGGUGAAUAAUGCCUUCGUGGUGCACCGCGGCUUUAAGGUGCACGGUGAGUUUCACAACCGCAAGGACGAGGAGAACCGCAAGAACCGGAUGCUCUUCCGUAAGUUUAAAGAUGGUCUGAAGAUCAAGUAUCCCAACUCACCACGCCGCUGCUGAGGGUGGAAAAUGUCCUGCUAAGCACUGCACGUAUCCAGUUUAAAACAUUGAUGCUCGCCUACAAAGCCAAAAAUGGACCAGCCCCAAGCUACCUUCGUGGUCUA